AUGGUUUCAAAACUACAGUUUGCAUUAGUUGUCUUUGGUUGCAUCUCUUGCUACGUGUUAACACCUGCCGAGAGCAAAAAUUUUGACCCGCAUCAUGUCCGUCCUCAUACUCCUACCGAACAACCAGUACCAGACAGUCCUACUUUGCCACUACAUUUACAUAAUCCUCACGGACAUCAUAAUGGUCAUAAUGGGCAUAACGGACAUAACGGACACAACGGACACAACGGUAACAAUGGUCAUCAUGGGCAGAACGGACAUCACGGACAAAAUGGGCAUCAUGGACAAAACGGUCACAAUGGACAUAAUGGACACAAUGGACACAAUGGGCAUAAUGGACAUCAUGGUCAUCACUAA